AUGCGUUCCCCGGAUGACGUGCCGUUAGCCAGUGUAAGUGUAGGGCCUGAGGGCGGGCAGCAGGCCGGGGCGAGUGGGAGAGGUCCCAGGUCCCCUCCCGGAAAUGCACUAGGCCGCGGCCUGGGGGUGCCGCUUGGCGGGGAAGGUGAGAGCAGACGCCGGGGAACCCAGAGCUUAGAGCUUCGGACAGAAGGAACGCCAGCGGGGGAAGCCGUGCGUUUGGAUAGAGAACGCCGUCUUCACGCCUCAGUCAGCAACGUCACGGUCAUCCACAGCGAUGAUGGUGACCCUCAAGUGACCGGGGCCGAGACAGCUACGAGGUCUGAGGCCACCACCGUGAACAAGCUCUUCAGCACAGAGGUCCAGAGUGCCGCCAAAAACCGUCCCUUAGACAACAGCCAGGCUGAGGCUUCCGAACGCUGGAUGGGCUUUCAGACAGGGACUCGAGGCGCUUGGGCCCAGCGUCACGUAGAAGUGCCGCCGGCUUCAAUACCCCCAGGAAAAAUUGGUGUGGCUCAGAGAGGGCAGAUCUGGAGGGUCCAUAAGAGCAGCUCUAGAGGUAGGUGGGAUGUGCCCAGAGGCCGACAGUGGUGCCAUUCAGAAGGCCUGUUUAUACUCCCAUCUGAUCACGGGGAAAAAGAUGAGUCAGGAGAGAUGCAGGCGGUGAAGAUGAACGUAUAUGCAAAAGAGGGGCAACAGGCCAGCGGCAGGAGCACUGAGAUUCCCAGAGAUACAACCAGACCCGUGAAUUUCAGUGUCCAGAAGAAAGUGUGCUUUAAGCCAAACGCUUCAGUGCGUUCCCCUCCCCAGGGCAGCCCUACGGCUGUAGAGAAGCAGAGUGUUGCAAAUCAAGCCGCUUUUGUCAGGUUUCCUAAUGUGGUUUGGGGUAGAGGGCAGGGCAAGCCCACCUACUCCAGAGAUUCUGCUGCAUGCAGUCCACCAGCAGCCAAACCUAAGAUAGUUAUCCAAGAAAAGAACUCUCCUGGGGAUAACUCCAAAUUGAAUAUGGGGAGAGCCCUUCCUUCGUGGGGGCAAAGAGUUUUAGCACUCCCUUCAGAACCUACCACCUUCGCACCAAUAUCGGGUGCACCCAUGUUUGGUACGACCAAGAGGUAUUUUGUGGUGCCUCCACAAAGCAAGCAACCCAAGAACAUUUGUGCAAACAUGAAAAAAAUUGUGAUCAGAGAGCCAAGUGAAUCUGAGCAGGUGGCCAGUGAAGACGAUGACUCAAAUCAAGAUCCAACCCCCAUGGGCCAGAUGCUAGCAACCAGACUGAAGCUAUCUGGCCAGAGCAUCCAUCUUGCAGAGGGCAGCAGCAGCAGCCUUGGCACCAGUGCUCACCAAACUCAAGGAAAUGGUCAGGCCACAGUUGUGAACCAGGAAGACAUGAUGAUCAAAGGAUCUCCUCAUUCGGAUCUGCUCUCUACCUUGCCUGCAGCAACUCUCUGGUGGAACGACAUAUUACUAGCGAACAAGCAGCCUGUGAGCCUGGAACCCGUGAGCUGCAGACAAGCUGAUCAUCUUCAUGACUGCCCAAACCUGCUCCUUGUUCGCUGGACGCUCUAG